AUGAAUAUCAGGGAUAAGGGCGUUCUUAUCGAUAUCGGAUUAACGUCACUCGUCGAGCUGCUGCCCUCUGGCGACAUUAUCAAAACUGCCUGGCUAGGGCGCGAUCGUGACGUGGAGCGCCGCGAAGAGCUCGCUCUCGAGUCCCGGAUAUACGACCUACUCGGCGAACAUGCCUGUCUCGUCAAGAAGAAAGCUUGGGACGCCAGCGAGUCUACGUUGGUCUUAGAGUAUAUGCCGAACGGGACUCUGAAAGAUUAUCUCAGGGCAUACCCAGAGGUGUCCGUCGAAACGCGACGACGAUGGAUUGAGCAGGCUGCCCAAGGCGUUCAUCUUCUUCAAACCUUAUCCAUUAUCCAUUGCGACAUUGGCCCGCACAAUUUCCUAUUAGAUGCAGACCUGAACCUCAAGAUCUCCGAUUUCAGUGGCUCUUCGCUGCAUGCAUCGGGGACAAAUACCCGCCCGGGGACUCGGUAUACGGGCCCUGAUUCGUAUUGGACCGCGAAAAGGCCUCCGACGCCCGACGACGACUUUUUCGGACUCGGCUCGACUAUCUAUUUUAUUAUAACUGGGACCGCCCCUUUCGAGGAGAUUCCCAGCCAUGAAGUCGACAGGCGGUACCAGGCGCGCGAGUUCCCGGAGCUUACCGGAAUCCAGUGUGCCGAUGUAAUCGCGAAAUGCUGGCACCGAGAGAUACGAUCCGCCCAGGAGGUAGUCGACAUGAUCAAGACGCCGGGGCGCGGUCCCAGCUCCGGCACCUGCGAUUCUGGCGUGAUCAGCAACGGACUAUCAACCGGAUACCUUUGGGUCUCAACAGAAGUCCUGGCCUGGCCUGGGUACCGUUCGAGCCGUGGUGGAGGGGACGACGAUAGACUUUGA